CAAAAAAAAGAAACAAAACACAUUGCUUCACAAAUAACAAAACUUUUUGCUGCGCCGCCGAAGAAAUGUCGUGUCGGUCAUGAAUUAAUUAUUAAUAAAAAGAAAAAAAAAAUUAAAGUGCUUGUGCAGUGCAAGUAAGCAGCAUCAGCAGCAGCCACUAUCUCCUCGCAUCACCAUCCAGCAGCGACGCGCACCGGAGAUAUUUUCCAUAGUUAAAUAAUAGCCCAAGGUCUCUGGAGAGAGAGAGAGAUAGAGAGAGAGAGUGAACUGUCGAUCCACAGACUACGGCUGUUGGUCCGGGCAUGAGAGCUGGCCGAGGCGAUACUGGACCUGGAUGUCGCCUCAAUGGAUUUGCAAUCGCGAAUUGUGAGAGGAACAUAAUACUUAUAGAUGGAGUUAAGUCAUGAGAGAAGACAACAAACAGACCAACGACGACGUCAGAGAAAGAUGAGAAGUGCUCCCAUAUGUGCCAAUAAACAACAAUUUUAAACUAACAAACAAUUCACGCUUGAGGGAGCGAUAAAAGUCUGAUACAACCGAAUGAAACAUCAAACAACAAUCGCAACAGAUAAAACAUUUUUAUAAAAACAUAAGGCAACAUUUAUCAACAUAUCGACUUACAGGGGUACUAGAAACAGCAGUUUAAAAUGUUCUGUGAGGAAUAAAAAACAAAUAGGAAAACAGACGAGACCCACAACAUCAAUAAAAUAAACCAAAAUACGGCUAAAGAUAACCGAAAGCCCAGAUAUAACAAUAGUUAACAAAAUAAAAACAUAAACAUGACCUUCUCGAGCUUCACACGAAAAAUGCGUGGACGGAUGCGCUCCAAUACCUGUCGGAUUGUGCUCUUAACCUCUUUGGUGUGGGUGAUCUUUGAUUUUGUGCUUAUUACCCGCUAUUCGGAUUGCAUUGGCAAGGAUGGAUGGCGUUGCAAACGUUCCGGCGAGUUUGAUGUGGAGCUACCCAAUGCCGAGCCGCUGGUGGACGAUAAUCAGCUGGUGGAUGACAAUGAAAUCAAUACGGAAAAAUCUUUGGAUGGUGACUCGGGCAGUGCCGUGAUUAUGGGUCAAGGCUUUGCAUCCGGUGGCAUUUCCAUGACAUAUCCCAGUGUAUCACUGAAGAAAUGGUUCCUAGCGCCCACCGUUGAGGAGACCAAGGGCAAGCCCGGUGAGAUGGGCAAGCCCGUGAAGAUACCCGCUGAUAUGAAGGAUCUCAUGAAGGAGAAGUUCAAGGAGAAUCAAUUCAAUCUGUUGGCCAGUGACAUGAUCUCGCUGAAUCGCUCUCUAACCGAUGUCCGGCACGAGGGGUGUCGUCGCAAGCACUAUGCCUCAAAGCUGCCCACCACAUCAAUUGUGAUAGUAUUCCAUAAUGAAGCCUGGACGACGCUUUUACGCACAGUCUGGAGCGUCAUCAAUCGUUCUCCGAGGGCACUGCUCAAGGAAAUCAUUCUGGUGGAUGAUGCCAGUGAAAGGGAUUUCCUGGGUAAACAGCUGGAGGACUAUGUGGCAAAGCUGCCGGUGCGAACCUUUGUGCUGCGCACAGAGAAACGUUCGGGUCUGAUACGUGCACGACUGCUGGGCGCGGAGCAUGUAAGCGGUGAGGUUAUCACCUUCCUGGAUGCCCAUUGUGAGUGCACAGAGGGUUGGCUGGAGCCGCUGCUCGCUCGCAUUGUACAGAAUCGGCGAACGGUUGUGUGCCCCAUCAUUGAUGUCAUCUCGGAUGAGACAUUCGAGUAUAUCACAGCAUCGGACUCUACGUGGGGUGGCUUCAACUGGAAGUUGAACUUUAGAUGGUAUCGAGUGCCCUCCCGUGAGAUGGCCCGCCGUAAUAACGAUAGAACUGCUCCGUUGCGUACCCCUACGAUGGCUGGUGGUCUGUUCUCCAUCGAUAAGGAUUACUUCUAUGAGAUUGGAUCCUAUGACGAGGGCAUGGACAUUUGGGGCGGCGAGAAUCUGGAAAUGUCGUUCCGUGUUUGGAUGUGUGGCGGUGUCCUCGAGAUUGCGCCCUGCUCCCGUGUGGGUCAUGUCUUUCGCAAGUCAACGCCGUACACAUUCCCAGGCGGCACAACGGAGAUUGUGAAUCACAAUAAUGCGCGUCUGGUUGAGGUUUGGCUGGACGACUGGAAAGAGUUCUACUACAGUUUUUAUCCAGGUGCUCGCAAAGCUUCGGCGGGCGAUGUUAGCGAUCGUAAGGAUCUGCGUGAUCGCCUCAAGUGCAAAAGUUUCCGCUGGUAUUUGGAGAAUGUAUAUCCAGAGAGUUUAAUGCCUCUAGAUUAUUACUAUCUGGGAGAGAUACGCAAUGCGGAAACCGAAACCUGUCUGGAUACCAUGGGCAGGAAGUAUAAUGAAAAGGUUGGCAUUAGCUAUUGCCAUGGCUUGGGUGGCAAUCAGGUGUUUGCCUACACCAAGCGACAGCAGAUCAUGUCCGAUGAUCUGUGCCUCGAUGCGGCCAGCUCCAAUGGUCCUGUGAAUAUGGUGCGUUGCCACAAUAUGGGUGGCAAUCAGGAGUGGGUCUACGAUGCGGAGGAAAAAUGGAUACGUCACACGAAUACGGGUCAGUGCUUACAGCGUGCCACCAGAGAUGAUGCCAAUACGCCGCUGUUGCGGCCCUGCAGCUACGGCAAGGGUCAGCAGUGGCUCAUGGAGUCCAAGUUCAAGUGGCAGGCACACUAGCAACCCUCGCAUCAUCCAACCGAUAACUAACUAACAACAAAAACUAAACUAAACGGAUCCUAAUAACUAUACUGAGAACUUCCAAUUUGUGUUGAUUUUUGCUGGCUUUUGUUUAUUGACAUUUAUGUAGCCUUAAGUUUUUUUUCUGAUCUAAGUUUUUCUCUCUAACUCUGUCUCUCUCUCUCUCUAUGUGUGAGUGAAUGUGUUUGUCCUUUGUGGCAGGAUGUCUUCCCAAGUGUAUGGAGUGUAUGUGCGACAGUCAGUAUCUGUGUGUGUAGGCAGGCAGUACUACGAUUUAUAUAGAUCUAUAUAUAUAUGAUAUAUAUUGUAAUUGUAAAUUUAAAUUAGCUUCGACCAAGUACCAAUAAAUUGGCAUUUAAAUGACAUUUUGUGCUUCACAGAAUAUGAUUUAAAGCAAAUGCAAGGCCAAGAGCAAUUGCCACAAGUGUGUCAUAGCAGAAACAUAAUAAACAUAAAUUAAUAAUUAAUAAUACACUAAAACAGCAGCACUUCCCCCGCCCAAAACAUUCCUAGAUAGAAUAAACAUAUAUGAGAGGGACACAAUUGUUUUCAUGCUGUGUUCCUUCCCUGUCCCUGUCCCUGUCCCUAUCCUACUUUUAGGCUAUAUUAAAUAUCAAAAGAAACCUCUGUUUGCUUUGUACCAAAACGAUGCGCCCUUCAUAUCAUACAAGAAAAUGCUUCUAAAUCCCCCAUAAUCAUUAUACAAGAAAUGGAAAAAAAGGAAAAUCUCUAAAAAAAAUUGCACGCAUAUCAUAAAUACAGUGUAAAAAAAAAUUAUUUAUAAAUGACAUAAUUCAGAUGAGAAGUAAACCACAAGAAAAGGAAAAAAAUUGUAUAUAAAAUGAAAGUAGCUAUUAAAAAUAUACAUUUAAAUAAAAUAUUUAUAUGGCAUGUAUGUAAAUGCGUAUAUGCGAAGCAAGCAAAAAACCUGUACUAUAAAUUGCAUUUAGUUCUAAGUUCGACUCUAGGUUCUAAAUUAAAUUUAGAUUUAGUCCAAAGUUUGGCAACCAUCAUACACAAAGUAGCUCUCAAUUAAACAAA